AUGUGGACCCCCACGGAGGAGGAGAAAUACGGCGUAGUGACAUGCAGUUUUCGAGGAUCUGUUCCUCAAGGGUUGGUCUUAGAAAUAGGAGAAACGGUGCAGAUUCUUGAAAAAUGUGAAGGUUGGUACAGAGGAGUUUCCACAAAGAAGCCAAAUGUAAAGGGGAUCUUUCCUGCAAAUUACAUUCACUUAAAAAAGGCAAUUGUCAGUAAUAGGGGGCAGUAUGAAACUGUGGUUCCUCUUGAAGAUUCCAUUGUGACUGAGGUUACAGCAACUCUACAGGAAUGGGCCAGUCUUUGGAAACAACUCUAUGUGAAACACAAAGUAGAUCUUUUCUACAAACUUCGCCAUGUGAUGAAUGAACUUAUUGACCUUCGAAGGCAGCUACUGUCUGGUCACCUGACUCAGGAUCAGGUGCGGGAGGUUAAGCGGCACAUCACCGUGCGCCUGGACUGGGGGAAUGAGCAUUUGGGCCUGGACCUGGUGCCUCGGAAGGACUUCGAGGUGGUGGAUUCGGACCAGAUCAGUGUCUCUGAUCUCUACAAAAUGCAUCUAUCCAGCCGGCAGAGCGUCCAGCAGAGCACGUCCCAGGCAGACACCAUGCGCCCCCGGCACGGGGACACCUGCCGGAUGCCCGUGCCGCACCACUUCUUCCUCAGCCUGAAGAGCUUCACCUACAACACCAUCGGGGAGGACACCGACGUCUUCCUCUCCCUGUACGACAUGCGGGAAGGCAAGCAGAUCAGUGAGCGGUUUCUGGUGAGACUGAACAAGAAUGGUGGGCCAAGGAACCCAGAGAAGAUAGACCGAAUGUGUGCCCUCUUUACAGAUCUGAGCAGCAAAGAUAUGAAGAGAGAUUUGUAUAUAGUUGCCCAUGUGAUCCGAAUAGGCCGGAUGCUGCUAAAUGACUCGAAGAAGGGCCCUGCCCACCUGCACUACCGGCGACCAUACGGCUGCGCGGUCCUCAGCAUCCUGGACGUCCUGCAGUCACUCACAGAGUUAAAGGAAGAAAAGGAUUUUGUUCUUAAGGUUUACACGUGCAACAACGAGGGCGAGUGGGCGCAGAUCCACGAGAACAUCAUCCGCAAGUCCAGCGCCAAGUACUCGGCCCCCAGCGCCAGCCACGGCCUUAUCGUUUCUCUCCAGCUUCUUCGUGGAGACAUGGACCAGAUCCGCAGAGAAAACCCCAUGAUAUUCAGCAGGGGAUUGGCGAUUACAAGGAAGCUGGGGUUUCCUGAUGUCAUCAUGCCGGGCGACAUCCGCAAUGACCUGUACCUAACCCUGGAGAGGGGGGAUUUCGAGAGAGGGGGAAAGAGUGUGCAGAAGAACAUUGAGGUGACCAUGUACGUGCUUUAUGCAGAUGGAGAGAUCCUGAAGGAUUGCAUCAGCUUGGGCUCGGGAGAGCCAAACAGAAGCUCCUACCACUCGUUCGUCCUCUACCACAGUAACAGUCCUCGCUGGGGAGAGAUCGUCAAGCUGCCCAUCCCCAUCGACCGCUUCCGCGGCUCCCACCUGCGCUUCGAGUUCAGACAUUGUUCCACAAAGGACAAAGGGGAGAAGAAACUCUUCGGCUUUGCGUUCUCACCCCUGAUGCGGGAUGACGGCACCACGCUCUCCGAUGACAUCCACGAGCUCUACGUAUACAAGUGUGAUGAGAACAGCACGUUUAACAACCACGCCCUGUACCUGGGCCUGCCCUGCUGCAGAGAGGACUACAACGGCUGCCCCAGCAUCCCCUCCAGCCUCAUCUUCCAGCGCAGCACAAAAGAGUCCUUCUUCAUCUCCACGCAGCUCUCCUCCACCAAGCUCACCCAGAACGUGGACCUCCUCGCUCUGCUGAAAUGGAAGGCCUUUCCAGACAGGGUCAUGGACAUCCUAGGGCGGCUGCGGCAUGUCAGCGGAGAGGAGAUUGUUAAGUUCCUGCAGGACAUCUUAGACACGCUCUUUGUGAUUCUGGAUGACAACACGGACAAGUACGGCCUGUUGGUGUUCCAGUCUUUGGUGUUCAUCAUCAACCUGCUCAGAGACAUCAAGUACUUCCACUUCCGGCCGGUCAUGGACACGUACAUCCAGAAGCACUUUGCUGGCGCCUUGGCGUACAAGGAGCUCAUCCGCUGUUUGAAGUGGUACAUGGACUGCUCGGCAGAGCUGAUUCGGCAGGACCACAUCCAGGAAGCCAUGCGGGCCUUGGAGUACCUUUUCAAGUUCAUCGUGCAGUCCAGGAUCCUGUACUCGAGAGCCACCUGUGGGAUGGAAGAGGAGCAGUUCCGGUCCAGCAUCCAAGAGCUUUUCCACUCCAUCCGGUUUGUGCUCAGUCUGGACAGCAGAAACUCAGAGACACUCCUGUUCACUCAGGCCGCACUCCUCAAUUCCUUCCCCACCAUUUUUGAUGAGCUGCUGCAGAUGUUCACCGUGCAGGAGGUAGCAGAGUUUGUGAGAGGUACGCUAGGGAGCAUGCCCAGCACCGUGCACAUCGGGCAGUCCAUGGAUGUGGUGAAGCUGCAGUCCAUCGCCAGGACCGUGGACAGCCGCCUGUUUUCUUUCUCGGAAUCCCGCCGCAUCCUGCUUCCCGUGGUUCUCCAUCACAUCCACCUCCACCUGCGGCAGCAGAAAGAGCUGCUCAUCUGCUCAGGGAUUCUCGGCAGCAUCUUCUCCAUCGUCAAGACCAGCUCUCUGGAGGCGGACGUCCUGGAGGAGGUAGAGAUGAUGGUGGAGAGCCUCCUGGACGUGCUCUUGCAGACUCUGCUCACCAUCAUGAGCAAAUCGCACGCUCAGGAGGCGGGGGAGUAUGUGUCCUGCCUUCUCUCGCUGCUCCGCCAGAUGUGCGACACCCACUACCAGCACCUCCUGGACAACUUCCAGAGCAAAGAUGAGCUCAAGGAAUUCCUGCUGAAGAUUUUCUGUGUGUUCCGGAACCUGAUGAAGAUGAGUGUCUUUCCUCGGGACUGGAUGGUGAUGAGACUUCUCACAAGCAACGUCAUAGUCACCACGGUGCAGUACCUGUCCUCCGCCCUGCACAAGAACUUCACCGAGGCGGACUUUGACUUCAAGGUGUGGAAUUCUUACUUUAGCCUGGCAGUUCUGUUCAUAAACCAGCCGAGCCUCCAGCUAGAAAUCAUCACUUCAGCCAAGAGGAAGAAGAUUCUCGAUAAGUACGGGGACAUGCGUGUGAUGAUGGCUUAUGAACUGUUCAGCAUGUGGCAGAAUUUGGGUGAACAUAAGAUCCACUUUAUUCCGGGAAUGAUUGGUCCUUUUCUGGGUGUGACACUGGUCCCGCAGCCAGAAGUACGGAACAUCAUGAUUCCCAUCUUCCAUGACAUGAUGGACUGGGAGCAGAGGAAAAACGGCAACUUCAAGCAGGUGGAGUCCGAGCUGAUUGACAAGCUGGACAGCAUGGUGUCGGAAGGGAAAGGCGACGAGAGCUACCGGGAGCUCUUCGGCCUGCUCCUGCUGGAGAAGAUUGAGCAAGAAACAUGGCGGGAGACCGGCAUUUCCUUUGUGACCUCCGUCACUCGCCUCAUGGAGCGCCUUCUGGACUACAGGGACUGCAUGAAAGGCGAGGAGACGGAGAACAAGAAGGUCGGCUGCACGGUUAACCUGAUGAACUUCUACAAAUCGGAGAUUAACAAAGAAGAGAUGUAUAUCCGCUACAUCCAUAAGCUCUGUGACAUGCAUUUGCAGGCGGAGAACUACACAGAGGCCGCGUUCACUCUGCUCCUGUACUGCGAGCUGCUGCAGUGGGAGGAGCGGCCCCUGCGGGAGUUCCUCCACUACCCUUCCCAGUCCGCGUGGCAGCGCAAGGAGGGGCUGUGCCGGAAGAUCGUCCACUACUUCAGCAAGGGCAAGAGCUGGGAGUUCGGCAUCCCGCUGUGCAGGGAGCUGGCGUGUCAGUAUGAGAGCCUCUAUGACUAUCAGAGCCUCAGCUGGAUCCGGAAGAUGGAAGCCAGCUACUACGACAGCAUCAUGGAGCAGCAGCGCCUGGAGCCCGAGUUCUUCCGCGUCGGCUUCUACGGCAGGAAGUUCCCCUUCUUCCUCCGGAAUAAAGAAUACGUGUGCCGUGGCCAUGACUACGAGAGGCUGGAGGCCUUCCAGCAAAGGAUGCUCAGCGAGUUCCCGCAGGCCGUCGCCAUGCAGCACCCCAACCACCCGGACGACACCAUCCUGCAGUGUGACGCCCAGUACUUGCAGAUCUACGCGGUGACGCCCAUCCCGGACUGCACGGACGUCCUGCAGAUGGACAGGGUCCCGGAUCGCGUCAAGAGCUUCUACCGCGUCAAUAACGUGAAGAAGUUCCGGUAUGACAGGCCUUUCCACAAAGGCCCCAAGGACAAGGAGAACGAGUUCAAGAGCCUGUGGAUCGAGCGCACCACGCUGACCCUGACCCACAGCUUGCCUGGCAUCUCCCGGUGGUUCGAGGUGGAGAGGCGGGAACUGGUGGAGGUGAGCCCGCUGGAGAACGCCCUGCAGGUGGUGGAGAACAAGAACCAGGAGCUGCGGGCCCUGAUCGGCCAGUACCAGCACAAGCAGGUGCACGGCAACGUCAACCUGCUCAGCAUGUGCCUCAACGGCGUCAUCGAUGCUGCGGUCAACGGAGGCAUCGCGCGCUACCAGGAGGCCUUCUUCGACAAGGAUUACAUCGCCAAGCACCCCGGGGACGCCGACAGGAUCGCCCAGCUCAAGGAGCUCAUGCAGGAGCAGGUCCACAUCCUCGGAGCGGGGCUGGCAGUUCACGAGAAGUCCGUGCACCCGGAAAUGCGGCCUCUGCACAAGAAGCUGAUCGACCAGUUCCAGAUGAUGCGGGCCAGCCUCUACCACGAGUUUCCGGGUCUGGACAAGCUCAGUCCUGCGUGCUCAGGCAGCAGCACCCCCCGGGGCAGUGUCCUAGCCUCCCACAGCCCCGUGAGCCCCGAGAACCUCAAGAUGACCCACCGGCACAGCCCCAUGAACUUGAUGGGUGCCGGGCGCCAUUCCUCAUCCUCUCUCUCCUCGCACGCGUCCAGUGAAGCGGGAAACGUGGUGAUGCUGGGUGACGGCUCCAUGGGCGAGGCCCCCGAGGACCUGUACCACCACAUGCAGGCAAGCCCUUCUUCCUCCAGCCUGAGCUCCACUCACUCAGCGCCCUCCCAGAUGAUUGCCUCUGCCCCCUCCAGUGCCCGAGGCUCUCCCUCUCUGCCAGAUAAGUACCGCCACGCCCGGGAAAUGCUGCUGCUGCUGCCCACACACCGGGACCGCCCGAGCAGCGCCAUGUACCCAGCAGCCAUCCUGGAGAAUGGACAGCUGCCAAAUUUCCAGCCAGCCCUGUUCCAUCAAAUGACCGGAGCCUGCAAACCCUGCAGUGACCCCAACCUGUCUGUGGCUGAGAAAGCGGUGCCCGCAGCCCCCAGCAGCUGGAGCCUGGAUAGCGGAGCCCGGGAGGCCCAGCCCUUCCUGUCUGCCCACAUGGGGCGCAUCCUCGCGCCCCCAGUGCCUCCCCGAAGCCUGCUGCAUGGUCAUUACUCCCUACACUUUGACACCUUCCACCACCCCCUGGGUGACACCCCCCCGGCCCUCCCUGCCCGGACCCUGCGCAAGUCUCCUCUCCACCCUAUCCCGGCCUCGCCCACCAGCCCCCAGUCGGGCCUGGACGGCAGCAACUCCACACUGUCCGGCAGCGCCAGCAGUGGCGUGUCCUCCUUGAGCGAGAGUAACUUUGGGCACCCCUCAGAGGCCCCGCCUCGAACCGACACCAUGGACUCCAUGCCCAGCCAGGCCUGGCAUGCCGACGAAGACCUGGAGCCGCCCUACCUCCCUGUCCACUACAGCCUCUCCGAGUCGGCCGUCCUGGACUCCAUGAAGGCCCAGCCGUGCCGCAGCCACUCCGCCCCGGGAUGCGUCAUCCCUCAGGACCCCAUGGACCCGCCCGCGCUGCCACCCAAGCCCUACCACCCCCGCCUGCCGGCCCUGGAGCAUGACGAAGGGGUGCUGCUGCGCGAAGAGGCCGACAGGCCGCGGGGCCUGCACCGCAAGGCCUCGCUGCCCCCGGGGAGCGCCAAGGAAGAGCAGGCCCGCCUGGCCUGGGAGCAUGGCCGCGGGGAGCAGUGA